GAACCCCACUACGAUGAGGUGGAAAAUCACCACCACGAGACGCAAAUAAACCCAGCUUUUGAGGAAUUCCAUCCAACGGAAGUCAAGAUCCGUGCCGAGACGCAUUUGUUGACCGAGCUUGUGCCUGUUGCUGAACGCCGAGCCCUUUCGAGUCAACUGAAGCGGUGGGUUUUGGAAAGGAUUUAU